AUGGCGCUCGUUGGUGUUCUGCGCUCGCGUCGUCACGUGUUGCUGCAUGUUGCUGCCUCUACUAUUAGCGGAGAACGCGUUGUUCCUACAUUUCGCGUUGCAACGCUGUCUACUUCAUCGAAUUCGCAUUUGGAGGACAAAAAGCCGAUCUUGGAACUGCUUCAGCGUGUGGCAGAUGGAAAAGUCUCACCUCAAGAAGCGGCGGAACUCUGCGGUCCAGCAGCAGAGUACGAGGCAGUGGGGGAUUUUGCUAAGAUCGACACGAAACGGGAGGCGCGUACGGGGUUCCCCGAAGUGGUGUACGCUGAGAGCAAAACAUCGCAACAGGUGGCGGCUAUCAUGAAAGCCAUGAUUGACGGAGGAGAGGACAACGUGAUGGCUUCACGCGUUACCCCACAAGCUGCUGAUCAGAUCCGCGCACUGAUGCCGGGCCAGCACCUGACAUACUACGAGAUGCCACGGAUCUUGGCAUCGAAAACACUGGAGAGUGCAACGAAGGGAGAUGUAGAAAUGGAUUGCCCCACUGCGUGUGUGCUAUGUGCCGGCACUUCGGAUCUCCCCGUUGCAGAAGAAGCCGCUGUUACACUUGAGUUGGCGGACUACCGUGUCACCAGAUUGUACGACGUGGGCGUAGCUGGAAUCCAUCGCUUGUUGCGCAACCAGCACAUUUUGCGAGCAUCAGACGUUGCCAUUUGCGUUGCUGGAAUGGAUGGCGCUCUACCCGGUGUUGUGGGUGGCCUCACGUCAGCUCCAGUGAUUGCGGUUCCUACCAGCGUCGGCUACGGUGCAGCGUUCGGUGGCUUGGCACCGCUGCUAACAAUGCUUAAUGCUUGUUCUCCUGGCGUCGGCGUGGUCAACAUCGACAACGGCUUCGGUGCUGCCGUCCUCGCAGCGCGUAUCUUGCAGCAGCUCCGUUAA